GCUGGAGGCUCUAUAUAUAGGUUUAGUUGUUUCUAGGAUGCAUGCAUCUAAAAUUUUUCAGAUCUUAAGACUAUUCCCUUGAAAACCAUGCCUUCCUAGCGAAGACAACCACGGCGGCAGACCCUCUCUCCUUAGAAACCACCCAUCACUAUUCUUUACUCUUCUUCUCUAUUUGCUCUGCACUCCAGAAUCUUCUCUUUCUUCUCUCUCCACGAAGAACCCACAGAAUUUAUUCUUUGCUGGAUUCCGAUUCCGACCUAUUCGCAAGUUCCCUACUCGGAACCUUCAAACCUCUUUCAUGUGGUAUUAGAGGUGGGAAGUGGGGGAUAGUGCUAUGGGUGCUUCUGGGGCAAGUUCGUUCUUGCUGGGUCGGCGGCUGGAGAGCUGCUUCAAAGCGAGCUUCGGAUCGAUGGGGCCACCGAUUCCCCCACCGAAAGAUGCGGCCGGGCAACCGAGUCGCCGGCUGGCCGACACGGCUGACUUUGUGGAUGAUGAUAGAUGGAUUACUGUCGUCCUGUCGGUCGUUAGGAUUGUUGCUUGCUUUCUGUCGUUGAUGGUUACCACCAUCGUCUGGGGCGUGAUCAUGAUGGUGUUGCUCCCUUGGCCAUAUGCUCGGAUCAAGCAGGGAAACUUGUAUGGCCAUGUAACCGGGCGGAUGCUGAUGUGGAUCUUAGGGAACCCAAUAACAAUAGAAGGUUCUGAAUUCUCUAACACAAGGGCUAUCUACAUCUGUAAUCAUGCAUCGCCUGUAGACAUUUUCCUCAUCAUGUGGUUGAUUCCAAAGGGUACCGUAGGCAUAGCUAAAAAGGAGAUCAUUUGGUACCCACUCUUUGGGCAGAUUUAUGUAUUGGCAAACCAUCUGCGAAUAGACCGGUCCAACCCAUCUGCCGCCAUUGAGUCAAUUAAAGAGACAUCACAAGCAAUUGUCAAGAAAAACUUAUCGCUGAUCAUUUUUCCAGAGGGUACUCGAUCGAAAACAGGAAGGCUGCUUCCAUUUAAGAAGGGUUUUAUUCACAUAGCACUUCAGACACGGUUGCCGAUAGUUCCAAUGGUGCUGAGGGGUACCCAUCUAGCUUGGAGAAAAAACAGUUUGCGAGUCAGACCAGCACCUCUCACAGUGAAAUACCUCCCACCCAUAAAAACUGAUGAUUGGGAAGCAGAAAAGAUCAAUCAUUACGUCGAAAUGAUACAUGCCUUGUAUGUGGAUCACCUGCCGGAGUCUCAAAAACCUUUGGUAUCGAACGGGAGGGAUGCCGGCGGAAGGUCAAAUUCAUGAGAAUAGGUUGCCUUAUGUAUCAUGUUGGUUAUUAUAUGCAGCAACAUGACAAGCAUAUUUGUGAAUUAUUUUAGAAAUAUGUUUGUGCCUUCUUUCUUUCACCAGUACCAUCAUGUGGAAUAAAGAAACUUGGACGCUUUAUGAUGUGUGUGGUAGACCAAAUGGCAGCCAGCAUCAAUGAAGAGAAUGGGGGACUGGGACACGGUAAAACCACAGUUCCAAUGUGAUACCUCAAUUCAAUUUGACCCAGCUCAUUUCAAAUAGUAGCCAAAUAAAGUCUGUAUGGAUUUUAAAGUAUUU